AAAAGACCGCAAAAACACAAAAACCUGGCACCAGUGCUAGUAUGCCAUCAAUGAGUAGUCUAAUGGCUGAAAGUGAUUCAGACUCGUCAGGAUCUGAGAAUUUCAGUGUUGGUUUUCCAGCACAUAGAACAAAUUCUGAAAGUAAUAGUAGGAUUACUUCUAAUCAGUUAUCUGCUGCCCUUGCUUUUGCAAGUAAUACAUCCAAUUCUAAUACCCCAACAAAUUCUGUCCCAACAACAUCUUCGAGUAGUUCUAGUUUAAUUCGUUCACCUAGCUCGAUUAUAACUUCUUCUAUGUUUAGUAAUGCAUUGAGAAAUGCUAUGCGACAGGUUAGAGACACUAAUAGAGUGACACCAUCUAGUCAAACUGAAAAUAGAAAUGAAAAUAGCAAUCUUGCAAUCCAGUUGAAUAGAAUGAGAGAAUUGGGGCUUACAGAUGAUGCUAUUAAUUUGCAAGCACUUGUGAUUUGUAAUAAUGAUGUGCAAGCUGCAAUUAAUUUAGUUCUGAGUGGGGCAAUUGGAAAUACUGAUUAGCUUACUUUACCGCUU